AGUCUCUAUCAUUCGGCAUCAACCAAACUUCACCUCCUUGCUCACCAAAAGUUAUCAUCUCUGUCUCACUGAAUUUGUUCUAUUCAGCUUCACUAAUCACUACUACUAAAACUAGAACAUUCGUUUCAGAUUACUCGAUCAAUUUUCAGAAGAACGAUAUGCAGAAAAUUAUUGUGUCUCUUGAUUUACACGACGACAGAUGCAAACAGAAAGCCAUGAAAUCAGUCUCUGGACUUUCAGGAGUUGAUUCAGUAUCCAUAGAUAUGAAAGACAAGAAACUAACUGUAAUCGGAGAUGUUGAUGCAACACUUAUUGUAAAGAAACUAAGAAGACACUGUCAUACGACGAUAUUUUCAGUUGGACCAGCUAAAGAGCCAGAGAAGAAGAAAGAAGAACCGAAGAAAGAGGAGGAACCAAAGAAAAUUGAAUUUGCUUAUACUUACGGAGAUUGUAAUCCUCAUAGACCUACACAUUAUUAUGAUCCUACAUAUUACUAUCUUUAGAGUGCUGGAUAAAACCAUUUGUAGUCAAUCCAAGAAUGUAUUUUGGCUGUUCUUAAUUUUGCUUAAUUAUCGAGCAUGCUUUAAUAUUAUUAUUCAUUAUAAUUAA